CCUCCCGGUCCGGGAUGCUGCUGCCGCUGCUGCGGAGGAGCUGCUUCCCUUCCUCCUCUCCUGGCGGCGGCGGCGGCGGCAGCGGCGCGGAGCGGGUGGAGGGUGCGCGGGGGCCCGGGGCGCGCGGACGGCGUCCCGAGCGCGAGCCGUAUGCGUGCAUGGAUCCGAGCGCCGCGCUGCACCGGCGGCCCGCGGGCGGCGGCCUGGGUGCGGUCUCCCCGGCGCUGUCGGGCGGCCAGGCCCGCCGGAGGAAGCAGCCCCCGAGGCCGGCCGACUUCAAGCUGCAGGUCAUCAUCAUCGGCUCCCGCGGCGUGGGCAAGACCAGCCUGAUGGAGCGCUUCACCGACGACACGUUCUGCGAGGCCUGCAAGUCCACCGUGGGUGUUGACUUUAAAAUCAAGACUGUCGAACUGAGAGGGAAGAAAAUUAGAUUACAGAUAUGGGACACAGCGGGACAGGAGAGAUUUAACAGCAUUACCUCAGCCUAUUACAGAAGUGCCAAGGGGAUCAUAUUAGUGUAUGACAUCACCAAGAAAGAGACCUUUGAUGAUUUGCCAAAAUGGAUGAAGAUGAUUGAUAAGUAUGCUUCAGAAGAUGCCGAGCUUCUCUUGGUUGGAAAUAAGUUGGACUGUGAAGCAGACAGAGAAAUCUCCAGGCAGCAAGGAGAAAAGUUUGCACAGCAGAUAACUGGGAUGCGGUUCUGUGAAGCCAGUGCCAAGGACAAUUUCAAUGUGGAUGAGAUAUUUCUGAAACUCGUUGAUGACAUUCUGAAAAAGAUGCCUCUUGACAUUUUGAGAAACGAGUUGUCCAAUAGCAUCCUCUCUCUACAACCAGAGCCUGAGAUCCCACCAGAGCUGCCUCCACCUAGACCACAUGUCCGAUGCUGUUGAAUUGCUGCUUUGGAGACAGAGUGCAAACAAGUCCUAGGAGGGGAAACAUUCUGUUCUGCACUACAAUCAUGUGACAAUUUCCUUUCGCACUUUGUAACCCAAGUCAGCUAUACACUAACUUGUAAAUAUGCAAAUAUGCAAUCCUGGGUAAGGUCGGGUUAUAAGUUACCACUUCCCUUCAGAUCUAUUUCCUCAUUACCCCCGUGUGUAGUGUGCGUACGCUGGGGGGCGUAGUACUUCCAGUGUGAAGAAUGGGAGAGAAGGUGUAAUAUCUCUUGAGUACUGUAAAUGUCCUUGUUAAUUACACUACGAGGCAGAUACUCCGGUGAGAAGAGAGGACCCGGUGCUUCGCUUUCUGUUUCAAAGAAAAAUCUACAAAACUGAAGAUUCCUGGAAAAAGGAGACAGGACGACUGCUUUUUCUUUAUUCACGAGGCUUUCCCAGCUGUAGCAUCUUGAGGUUUGGGGUGUGUCUGCCCCAAAGCAAAGCUCCCUCCACAGCUGCCACAGGGUUAUCUAUCGGGUUAUGUAGUGAGAGGUUUUCCUAGGUAGUGGGCUGGAUGGGACUGGGUCCUGUGGCUGCAGAAUCUGGGGCUGUCCCAAUGGCCGGGACACGCUUUUAAGAAUGACUAAGAGAGAGAAGACUGUCGGGCAGGGAGUGUAGAGUGUAGCUCAGGGUUUGAGCAUUCGCCCAACACGCGAGGCCCUGGCUUCAAUCCCCAGCAUCAGAGGUUGGGCGGGGGUGGGGGGGUGGGAGAUAAAGGAAAUAAAAAUAAAGAAGACGAAUUUUUGAAACUAUAGAAAAGAUUUUAAAGCCACACUGCUGUCCUACACAAAUCCUGUUUAAAGGGGUUUUAAGAGUUACAUUUUACUCUGUCAACAAACACACAUGCAUCUGCCCAAGCAUCCUGUAUCUUUGUAAUGAUGGACUUCUCCCACUGUUGGCGAAGCUUAUUCCUAUUAAGCCUAGACUGUGUUCAAGUUUUCUUGUUUUUUUGGGGUUUUUUUUGAGGGUCUGAUAAGGAAUUUGUGAACUCUAUCUUUGGUAUAUCUUUUAUUAAACUGCACUGUUUUGUUUAGUCAAGGUAAAUAAGUAUGUAUUUGAAUAACUUGGUGUGUCCUGAGUGUUGUGGUAUGAGAAGCAUCGUGGUCUUUCUACACUAAUGAAGUGCAAAUAAAAUUUUGUAUUUAUGAAUGACA